AUGAGAUCAUCGCUGCAUUCGCGGUUGAGGUUGCUCCCCUGGUUGGAGGUCAUUUCUGGGGUCGAUUCGGCAAGUCGCUACAUAUAUUGGGGAUUGUCUAUGGGUUUUAAAAUGAAGCAUAUCUCGACAAACACGUUUGCUCACAUUCUACCAAAUCUGGGAAAGAGCUUCGACACAUUCAUAUCUUGUUCACCCGCCCUGAGAAGAUCUCUAUUUCCGUCAAUAUGGGCAAGAAGCGUGUCUUGAUCAGCUAUGGGGUUGACGUCGAUGCUGUGGCAGGAUGGCUAGGAUCAUAUGGAGGGGACGAUUCCGUGAACGACAUCAGUCGAGGUAUCUUCGCUGCCACCAUAGGCACUCAGCGGCUGCUAGCCAUGUUCAAAAAGCACGACAUCAAGACGACGUGGUUCAUUCCAGGUCACUCGCUUGAAACCUUUCCUGAAGACAUGGCUGCCGUUCGUGAUGCAGGCCACGAAAUAGGUCUCCAUGGAUACUCGCACGAAAAUCCCUCGGACAUGAACCCUGAGCAGCAGAAAGUCGUCUUGGAUAAGACAUUCCGCCUUCUCACAGAAUUUUGCGGGAAACCGCCCAAAGGAAGCGUGGCACCUUGGUGGGAAACGAGCGCUGAGGGUGCUCAAUUGCUCCUCGACUACGGUAUAGAGUAUGAUCACAGCCUUUCACAUCAUGAUUGUCAGGCAUAUUGGCUACGCACUGGUGACACUUGGACAAAGAUCGAUUACAGCAAACAUCCAGACCACUGGAUGAAACCUUUGGUCAGAGGCCAAGAGACAGGUCUGGUAGAGAUUCCCGGGAACUGGUACAUUGACGACCUGCCGCCCAUGAUGUUCAUCAAGAAAGCGCCCAACAGUCAUGGAUUCGUUAACCCUCGUGACGUCGAAGACAUCUGGCGGGACCACUUUGACUACAUGUACCGAGAGUACGACGACUUCAUCUUUCCAAUCUCGAUUCACCCUGAUGUCUCAGGAAGACCACACGUGAUACUGAUGCACGAGAGGUUGAUUGAACAUUUUAAAAAGCACGAGGGUGUGGAAUUCGCGCCCAUGGUGGAAAUGUCGAAUGAAUUCAAGCGGAAGAACAAGUUACCAGAAGGUGCCCUUCCUCCGCAGGACCCAGCAGAAGUCUUGAAAAAGGAACCACUUUCCAAAUGAGAGGCUGUGAAAUCUAUAGGGAGAAUAAUCUCCAUCUCACUACCAGACUCUAUCUCAAUCGUCUAAAUCGAUCACAGUCCCAUUCUAGACCAAGACCAACAUCGAUUGCGAACAUCGCGUGUUUGACCAUGGAUCAGAGACAUCCAACGACACCAGACUAUUAUCGCCUCCACUGAAGUACACCUCACUCGGC